AUGCCUGGCGAGAAUUUCGGCGAAGUGGUGCUGAUCACAGGGGGCUCUGGAUUUAUCGGCAGCCAUGUUGUGGACCGUGCAAUGCGUGAGGGAUACACCGUUGUUGCUGUGGAUAAUCAUUACACUGGCAGGGAGCAGAACAUUGCCCAUCACAUCGACAAGGAGAAUUUUCACUUUGUGAAGCAUGACGUGCGCCAUCCCUACCCUGAGGAGGUUUUGAGGCAUAAGUAUAACUACAUCUUCCACCUUGCCAGCCCCGCGUCUCCCGUGCACUAUCAGGCCGAUCCAAUUGGUACAACGCUGACAUGCGUAAACGGGACGUACCACUCAUUGCUUCUUGCCCAGCGGGAUGACUGUCCGGUGCUCAUUGCGUCCACCUCGGAGGUGUACGGUGACCCAAUCCAGCAUCCACAGACGGAGGAAUAUUGGGGUAAUGUGAACUGCACUGGAGUGAGAAGCUGCUAUGAUGAGGGUAAACGGUGUGCCGAAUCACUAUGCUUUGAUUUUCACAGGAAGCAUGGAGUCAAAAUUCGUGUGGCUCGCAUUUUUAAUACGUAUGGUCCUCGCAUGUGCUUUAACGAUGGCCGCAUUAUUAGCAACUUUCUUAUUCAGUCCCUCAGGGGUGAAGAUAUUACUGUGUACGGGACAGGCACGCAAACCCGCUCGUUUCAAUAUUGCGAUGACCUUGUAGAGGGAUUUUUCCGCCUUAUUCGACACCCAACGGAGAUAGGGCCUGUGAAUUUGGGAAAUCCGGACGAGUACACGGUGUUGGAUAUGGCGAAGAAGGUACGGGACUUUGUGCCCGGAACAAAGUCAAACAUUUGUUUUCUCUCCCCCUGCGAGGAUGACCCGAAGCAGCGAUGCCCGGACAUCAGCAAAGCGAGGCGGGUGCUUGGAUGGACCCCCGUCGUUCCGCUGUCGGAGGGGCUGAGACGCACGGCCGAAGAUUUUGCGGCGCGUGUGAGUCGUGGGGAGUGA